UAAAAUAUCUAUUUUUUUUCAUGUUUCACAUUUUAUUUGAGAGGUUGGUACUGGUAUCUCUGGUACCCAUGGUACCCACCUUAGGGGAAGGUGGGGAAGGGAGGGGCGGAAGGGGCUGAGGUGUUUUCUGUUGCUAAGCAACGGGUCAAGCUAGUAUGAGAAAUUCUGAACCUCCCAAUGUAAAUUGUUUCCAAAGUUUCCGAGGAAUGAAAAUUCAUGUAGAUUGUAAAAAUAUUACCUUUCUUCAGCUGUUAUUAGGGAAAUAUUUUUAAAACGAUACAAUUAGUCCGAAAAAAUUCAGAACGUCAUGGCAAGUUUAAAAAAGAACGGAUGAAUUCCUCAUACUACGUUGACUUCCGCGGACCCUUCAAAUUUGUUUACUCCUCGACGCCGCUUGGUAACUUUGCUGUUAAUUCAUAAUACAGACUGUCAAAAAAAUAUCUGAAAGCUCUUUACUGCUGUUUUGCUUCACUGUUGUCUCUGUGACUCGGUUGCUCAUUUUCAAGAAGAUGUUGGAGUCGCGCUCAGCUGUGUUGAAAUUGAUGCAGAAUCAAGCUUGCAAAGAUCGUUGCAUAGAUAGGUUUCCUCCCCCAUUUAGUCGCCAGUUCACCCCAUACAGACAACAUGACUUUUCAUCUGCUGUACGAGAGGUCUGUUCAUCCCCAAGGCAACCACUGUCUGGCCUAAAAAUUUCUAAAGCAAUUUUUUUAGGUGAUGUUGCUGUUGGGAAGACGAGCCUUGUUAACAGGUACUGUCAUAAAGUCUUUGAUAGGAAUUACAAGGCUACAAUUGGAGUUGACUUUGAAGUUGAACGUUUUGAUAUUAUUAAAAUUCCAUUUAAUCUUCAAAUAUGGGAUACAGCAGGCCAAGAACGUUUCAAGUGCAUAGCAAGUUCGUACUACCGUGGAGCACAAGUUGUUGCAGUGCUAUUUGACCUAUCGAACAUGUACUCAUUGUCCCAUUGUGCACAAUGGUUGGAAGAAGCUCUAGCAUGCAACACAUUACAGCCAAUCAUUUUUUUAAUAGGCACAAAGCGUGACCUUCUUUCCUCAUCAGCUUACAAACAUGUAGAAGAGAAAGCCGCAUGCCUUGCAAAACAACUUGGGGCAGAAUAUUGGGCAGUCUCCUCUCGCACAGGAGAUGGAGUUCAUGAAUUAUUUCAACGCAUGGCUGCUCUAGCAUUUGACAUGUCUGUUCUUCGGGACUUAAAUACAUUGAAUACCACAGUUUCCAUAGGAUCUCAACCUCUAUCUGUAAAACCAACACAAAAGAAAGAAAAUUUCAAGUGUAAUGGAUUACAUUGUCAAUAG